AUGGUCCUGGUCAUGAAACUUCUGUUCCUCACCUGCCUGUGGCCAACAGCAGUGCUACACAGUUCUCAAAGUCAGCAUCACCAUCUUCAUCAUCGGCAGCAAUUCUCAUUCUUAAGAAAGCAUAACAGCAAACGAGAAAUUAAAAUGAGGAAACUUGACAACACGAAAGUCCGGCCACUUAAAUCUGAGCAGCUUCUUCGCAUAGAGGACCAUGACUUUGCGCUGAGACCUGGAUUUGGAGGGUCACCAAUACCUGUGGGCAUUGAUGUGCAGGUAGAAAGCAUUGACAGCAUAUCUGAAGUUGACAUGGACUUCACAAUGACAUUAUAUCUCAGACAUUACUGGAAGGAUGAGAGACUUUCAUUUCGUAGUAACAAAAAUAAAAGUAUGACUUUUGAUGGAAGACUGAUAAAAAAGAUCUGGGUACCUGAUGUAUUUUUUGUACACUCCAAAAGAUCUUUCAUCCAUGAUACAACUGUGGAAAACGUCAUGCUCCGAGUAUACCCUGAUGGCAACGUACUCUUCAGUCUACGAAUAACAGUUUCUGCUAUGUGUUUCAUGGAUUUCAGUAGGUUUCCUCUGGACACUCAGAACUGUUCUUUAGAACUGGAAAGCUAUGCAUACAAUGAAGAUGAUCUGAUGCUAUACUGGAAACAUGGAAACAAGUCCCUGAGCACAGAUGAGCACAUCUCCCUCUCCCAGUUUUUCAUCGAAGAAUUCAGUGCUUCCAGUGGACUAGCUUUUUACAGCAGUACUGGUUGGUAUAAUCGGCUUUUUAUAAACUUUGCACUCCGAAGACAUAUUUUCUUUUUUGUGCUACAAUCCUAUUUCCCAGCUAUGCUGAUGGUGAUGCUGUCUUGGGUUUCAUUUUGGAUUGACAGAAGAGCCGUUCCUGCCAGGGUAUCACUAGGUAUAACUACAGUGCUGACAAUGUCAACCAUCAUGACAGGAGUAAGUGCCUCAAUGCCUCAAGUGUCUUACAUAAAGGCUGUGGAUGUGUAUUUAUGGAUCAGCUUCCUUUUUGUCUUCCUGUCUGUCAUUGAGUACGCAGCAGUGAACUAUCUCACCACAAUUGAAGAGAGAAAGCAACUCAAAAAAAAGGGCAAGGCCUCAGGAAUGUAUAGUAUUGAUGCAGUGCAAGCAAUGGCUUUUGACGGCUGCUUUCACGACACAGAAGUGGACAUGGACCUGACUGGUUUCUCAGACCGCUGUGAAGAGAAUGAGACUCGAGCAGGUGCAGCCAGCGUCUCCAAUGUGGACACACCUCGCAUAAAGAGGAAGAGAUCUCUGAAGGGAAACGUGGGCAGGAUUAUUUUACAGAACAAUCAUGUUAUUGACACAUAUUCCAGGAUUAUAUUUCCCAGUGUGUAUAUUGUGUUCAACUUUUUUUAUUGGUGUUUGUACAUAUGAACAAAAAUCAUUAUAAGCUAGACAUUAUUUUGCAUAUGAGGGGAGCAUCGUGCUUUAAAAAUAAUGCAGCAGCAGUAGAGGAAAGGGUUAAAAGUUUCCGAAACUGACUUCUGCCUCAUACCAAGGCUGGUUUGGUUAGCAGCAAAACUGUUAAUGAAAAACUCUCAUGAGUCUGGUUUCUUUUUCAUUUGGACUGUGCAGUGCUUCAUUGGGGCAAUCUAAUGCACAUGCUACUACUGCAGUAGCACAGAAGCAGUGUGCUGACUAAGGGAGCCCUUUGUCACACACCUAAAGAGAAAGCAGCUCCCACCUGAAGUAUUAUCCAGUCUCUACCUACGCUUUAAUCAUUCCUCUUUAAUCAGCCUCUCUGUUCUCCAACUGUGGUCCAUUUUAGUAGGCAAUCAGCACCAACAGUCUUCAAAUAGCUUCUAUCCUUCUUUCACUUGCUGCAUUUCAAUUUUGCUAGGCAACCUGUAUUCACCUAAGGAGCCUUUGUCCUCGCCUGGUAACUAGGGGGAAAGCAGUUAUGGCUUAACAGUGGAGUAGGGACCAGCAGGAAGCAAUCCUGAUGGGGCUUUGUACGUUGUGCAUCAUCAACACCUCAAGAAAAACCCUCACUCUGUCAGCUGUCCCUGACUUUCCGCAGGACCACUGGGAAGGGCCUCUAUUUCGGAAAAAUCUUGAUCACUAGUCCCAGAAGCAGCAGAGGAACAAUGUCCCUGCCAGACCCGAUGCACUCAGUGUCUUAGAGCCACCUCCCAGGUGGAUGACUAGCAUCACCUGCACAAGCGAUGCCCCUCAUGUGACACCCACACACCUGUGCCUCAUCUAGACCUGCUGUAACCACCUGCUUUCUGCAUAACUCUUCAAUUCAGAAACAUAGGCUUUGAGGCAGAGAUUUUAGAAACUUUGUCAAGAAAACCAACCACGUCUUCAUCAGAAUCUGGUUCUUCUGCUUUAUGUUGCAUACAUGAGCUUGAGGUUUUGCCUCUCUCCCCGGCUUUGGCUUUUGAGAUUGAAUGUUACAGGGAGGAGAAGCUACAUAUGCCUGCUUGCAGCAUUGAUCCCCAGCAGAGUUUAAGAUACCACACCGAGACACACAGGAAAUAAAAGGAAGCAGCUGUGCCAAAAGAGGAAUACACAGGAAUCCCAUCUGUCCCAGAUGAAUCCUGCAUGGAAAUGUCCUUAGCCUCAGGCUAAGGAGGUUGAAUUAAGGAUCUUCGGGGACACACAAAAAGUGUUCAGAGCUCCAGAAAAGAAUCAAGAUUACUUUUGCAACUUUCCCAAAUAAGGAGCAUCUUUCACUUAAAUUUCUUGAGUUUGUCUGUCAUUUAAUGAAGUGAGUUUAAAUUUACAAAGUCAGUUCAAAACGAUAAUUUGUGGUGGCAAAAAAUGCCACAAAGUAAAUGCUUGGUCACUGCUUGGUCAAGAUUAGGAAAUGGGAAUAAAUUUGGAAGCCUGAACCAUUCUCUGGUUUAUUUGAUUUUCCUACUCUGUUAUUGUUUGCUCAUAGCA